AUGUCUCGGCCGUCUGGUGACAUCGAUCCGCCCGACGUCGAAGCCGAGGGAUCGCGCGAAAGACUCCGUGAGGUGUCGGCCAGGUCGACCUCUUCUGGAGCUGGGCGUUCGCCGCCAGGUGCCAACACGUAUGUGUUCCCCAUCCGCUCCGUCUACCAGCGGGAGCAAGCGCUCCAGGCGCGAGAGGAUGCUAAACACCUGAGGACAAGUCCCGGGAGCCCCUCUCUCGCCCUUGGCCUCAGCGACGCCAUUUUCCAUGCUCCUCCCUCGCCUCGCCCAUCCGGAUUGCAACGUGCGUCCUCCGACAAUAUCCACGACACGAUUCACGAAAUGCUUGAGCAUCGCGGUGAUCUGGCUUCCAACAGAACUAUGACAAGCAUGUCAUUCAUCCCCAAGUCGAGUUCCAGUCGUGGUUCACUUCCCUCCCCUACUUUCAGCGGCUCUUCGAGUCUCCCGAACGUUUCAGCGGAAUCGCCACCAGCCUUCCCGGAGUUCAAUCGUCCUUCUUUCUCCGCCCGGCCUACAGCCGUCCGAGUGCCUACGGUAACUUCGUCCAGCAGUGGUGGCACCAGUGGCGCACAAGCAUUGUCUUCUGGUGAACAGGGUUCGAAGGAUUCAAACGAACUCGGUGUGCCAAUUUCGCCUAUCACGUCGGUGUCCCAGGAUCCGCUCUCCAUGCCCUCUGUCUCACCACCCCGCAAAGCUUCGGCCACUACCAUGUCGUCCUCCGAUCUUCCUGUGACUCCUGCAACGGGUAGCAUAGGAAACCCUGCUGAGCCGCCACCUCAGCCACAAACCAACGACGAGCCUGGUUCAGGAAUUUUGGAAGCGGCAGACACAGACGGCUCAAAGUCACCCGUCACACGUCUUGAGCCGAACGAGGAAGGUCUUCCUUCCCUUGUCAACGACUUCAUGGACAUCAUUCGACUUGACGGUGCAGUGCAAGUACCCAGCCCCAGUAGUAACGACAACUCUGGGAGAUCGGGUCGCAGCACAUUGCAUCAGCCAAAUGUACCGCCUUCCGCUGUCUCUCGGAUAGCCAGUACCAUGAUCCCCAAUUCGACAAACCUGGGCCCUAGUAUCAUUCGCCACGACCAGUCGGUGUCCGGUUCCACGCCAUCGAGGAGUACCCGCAAUAGGGCAGCUCAGGCGCAAGCGAUGAGGGAACAGAAGGAACAUUCCGUGCUCGACUUCAUCAAUGAGCAAGCCCGUACGGUCCAGAUCUCCGAUCCCAACGAGGCGUCACCUUCCACCUCGCCAGUAUCCGACAGUGAGAUGCCUCAGUCGGAAACAUGCUCGUCUUCUCAGGAGGAUUUCCACAUUUAUGCACCCAAGGCUGAACGCUGGAACGAGGGCCAGGGGAAGGCGGAAUCCAUCAACACCUCCCCGAGCAGCGAUCAGCGCAGGUCUGACAACUCGACAACCGUGGGCUCUCGCACCAACACCGGUACCAACACGGGUACCACCGGCACUGGCACCGGGACGGGAACUGGAAGUGGCUCUAGGCUCGACAGCGCUCUGGCUACCAGCUCAGACCUUGAUUCGCCGGAGCCCGUUGUCACCUUCCGCUUCCAGCACGUGCAGCGUGACGACGGCCAUCAUGUCAUUACGGGACGUGAGGGUGCUAUCGUCCGCUGCGAAGACGAGCCAAUUACUACACCCGGUGCCAUCCAGAGCUUUGGAGUGCUUAUGGUGCUAGAGUGGGACUACGAGUCUGGAAAUCUCAUGGUUCGACAGGUCUCGGAGGUAAGUUUACAAGUCCCGAAGUAUCUCUUCAGUCUUGAUUGCUUCACAGAGGCCUUACCGCCCCGCCAGGCCGAUAUUCUUCAGGAUACUAUCGAAGGCCUCGGGGAAGCCAUCGAAUCGGACAGUGAGGCGAAGCAUGCCAACGAGGGUCCGCAGAUCUUCCGCUUGUCGGGAUAUUCCGAGACUGAUGCUCCGGACGAUCCGACCGUUCUGGGUGACAGUGCUAGUGCUACUGGUUCUCGAAGCACCCAGAGCUCUACUUGGCGCACAGAGUGGACUUGUUGGGUUGCUGCACACCGACCCAGGCAGCCCCAGUGGAACCGCCGUGAUGAGAACGGAAACCCCGUACCGCCCCCUGACCUCAUCAUUCUGGAGUUUGAACUGGAAACCGACGUCUUCAACCCUCUGACCAGACCCGCAAAGGGUGAAGGAAUGACUUCCGACUUCCCCACACCCAAUUCGCGGCUGGCCCAGCUUUCUUCCACCAACUCUUCCAGCAGCAUCCGACCCACGACGGCCCCAACUACCUCGCCCAGCAGUGACGAGCAUUUCGGCCGCGUACGCAGAGGAAGCUCUGGUAUCGAAACUGAAAGCACCGUACCAACUACUGUGCAAUCCGACAGCGUCUCUAGCAUCUUCUCUCCCAUGGAUGAUGAUUGCCAGGACGUUCCUAUGGGAAUCGACGGCAAAGACGAAGACGUCCCUCUGGAGCGUAUUUUAGCGUCGACAACGAACCACGCGAAGCCUUUGCGCUGUAUCGGUGUACAACGCCAGCUCCGCGACCUCUGGCAUACUAACAGCGAGAGUGGCUCGUCUGUCCAAAGUGCAGCGAGAGGUACCAGACGGGGACGUGGCGGACGCCGCACCCGUCGGCGCACUGGCGCUAGCAGCGUCACGGACGCCCUCGAUGUGUUCUCCGUUCUCAACCAAGUCAACGACCAGCUUGGAAGUGCUCAAGAUUUGGAACACUUCCUGAAUAUCGUUGUUGGAGUCGUGAAAGAUCUCUGUCGCUUCCACCGAGUUCUCUUCUACAAGUUUGACGAGGACUACAAUGGAGAGGUCGUGAGCGAGCUCGUCGAUUGGGGAAGGACGACCGAUCUUUGGAAGGGUCUCCGAUUCCCCGCCAGUGACAUUCCUCCCCAGGCUCGCGAGCUUUACAAGAUCAACAAGGUCCGAUUCCUCUACGAUCGCACUCAAAAGACGUCCCGCCUCGUUCUGAAAGACAAGUCGGACCUCGAGUAUCCCCUCGACAUGACUUUCUGCUACCUGCGCGCCAUGUCUCCCAUCCAUCUGAAAUACCUCGCCAACAUGGAAGUGCGAUCUUCGAUGUCCAUCUCCAUCAUGGCCUUCGGAAAGCUUUGGGGUCUCAUUGCUUGCCACUCAUAUGGCCACCAUGGCAGCCGCGUUUCGUUCCCUUUGCGACAGAUUUUCAGCCUCAUGUCUGACCAGAUCUCGCGCAACAUCGAACGUCUCACGUACGCGCAUCGACUCAACAUGCGUUCCAUGAUCCACGGGGCGGCCAACGCCCCCGGCCCUGCUGGUGCGAAGUCGAAGAAGAGUAAGCGCCGCGGCAACCAGAGUUCAGAUGGCCCAGAGUCAUCCGCUAGUUCUUCGAGCGGUUCAUACUUGGUAUCGAACGCCGACGCACUCCUGACGGUUUUCGAUGCCGAUGCUGGUCUUCUGGUCAUCAACGAUGGUUGUAAACUUCUAGGCCAGAGUGAGCAGGGUCACGCCAUGCUGGCCAUUGCCGAGUAUCUUCGCAUAGCCAAGUUCACGGAGAUCAAGUCGUCGUUCAAUAUUCAGAAGGACUUCCCUGACUUGGUUCUGCCUCGAGGCACGGACACUAUCGCGGGCAUGCUGUACAUUCCGUUAACAACGGAGGCCGGCCAGGACUUCAUCGUAUUCUUCCGCAAAGGUGAAGUGUACACCAUCAAGUGGGCUGGUAAGCCCUACCGUGACCCGUCGCAGGUGACGGCCGCCGUCCUGGAACCUCGCGCGAGCUUCAAGCUCUGGACGGAGAACGUCACUGGUCGCUCUCGAGUUUGGACGGACGAUCAACUGGAUGCCGCUGGAGUACUUUCCAUUGUCUACGGAAAGUUCAUCCAAGUGUGGCGCGAGCGUCAGAAUACCAUGGUGUCCAACCAGCUUACAGCUAUUCUGCUGUCCAACACUAGUCACGCAGUGAGAACGCCUCUGAGUCAAAUUAUCAACACGCUGGAGCUCGCCAUGGCGGGCAACAUCGAUUCCGACACCCGCCGCAUGUUGGAGAACAGUCACCAGGCCUCUCGUGCCUUGCUCUUCCACGUCCACGAUUUGCUCGACCUCACCCGUAUCGAAACUGGAAACGAGACAGCAUUCAGUGACCCCUUCGACUUGAAGCAGACUAUCACCGACACCGUGCGUCUCUACGAGACCGAGUCAAAGCGUCGUGGUAUCGACUUUACCGUCAACGUCGACGACGCCUUGCCGCGAAUGGUCAUCGGAGACUCGCGCAAGAUCCGGACGCUUAUCUCCAACUUGGCGGCCAAUGCCGUCAAGUACACGAAGGACGGCUACAUCGACAUCAGCUGUCGUAUCGAGCCUGGCACGGAGCCUAUGCCUUCGCAUGCCCCUGGUGAGCCUGGUGUAGUCUCUGUGGAGAUCAUCAUCAGCGACACCGGAUGCGGCAUUCCUCCGGGCAAGCUGGAGUCGAUGUUCAUCACGAUGGAAGGUGCUGAGGACCGCAAGGAGGGCGGUGUCGGACUGGGUCUCGCCGUUGUUGCUCGCAUUGUUGAGCAGCUUGCUGGUCAGCUUCGCGCAGAGUCCGAAGUCAACAAGGGCACCAAGUUCUACUUCACUUGUAACAUGGGCAUCUUGGAAGACGGCCAAGUCGUCCGACCUACGGCGCUUGGUGACCACAACUACAUUCCGGGCUCGUCCAAGCGUCUGAUCGGCGGAACACCAAGUAUUGGGUCGUCAUUGGCCUCCAGCCGCCACAGCAAGUCGUCUUCAAAGUCUAAGCGUUCCUCCAAAUCCGGCAAGUCGAGCAAGUCUGGCAAGUCGAGCUCGAGCAAGUCUGGCUCAAGCACGUCAGGUAGCAAGUCCGGUGACUCCGCCUCUAAGGUGUCGACUUUGGACUCUGGUGAACGCUCCAAGUCUACGGUGUCUCAAGAUUCAUCUGGAGUCGCCUCUGCGUCCUUCCCAACGGCCGACCUGUUGAAGCGCCGAGGCAUUACGCCGUCCGCGAGCCCAAACCCGACGACGACCAGCAAGACGAAGUCGAAGACGGGCAUUUCCUCAGCUGCUUCUCCGGAUAGUGAUCUCCAGGAGAGGGGGUCAUUGAAAGAAGGAGAGGUCAAAGAGGUCGCAGCGCCCACAUCCGAGAAGGCCGCCAGCAUAGCGCCCUCGACAAUCACGGAACGUCCGAUUCUGCGACAGCGCAAGAGCCCGAAGGGUCUGCCUAUCCUGAGAGUGCUUGUUGUCGAGGACGACAUUGUCAACAGUCAGAUCCUCCAAAAGCGCUUGCGCAUGGAGCACCACAAUGUCAUCGCUGUCACCAACGGCCAGGAGGCUGUUGAUGCCCUUUCGAGGGAUUGGGACAUCGACGUUGUGCUCAUGGACAUCCAAAUGCCGAUCAUGGAUGGUUUCCAGGCUGCCGAUGAGAUUCGCAGGCUUGAGUCGCGCAUCAACACGCUGGAGGGUAUCGACCCCGUUCGAGUAGACGGACGUAUCCCCAUCUUCGCUGUGUCUGCUUCGCUUUACGAACACGACCGCGGUAGCCUGUCGAAGAACUUCGACGGUUGGAUCCUGAAGCCUCUCGACUUCGCUCGCGUCCGCUCGAUCCUAUCCGGACUGGAAGACGACACCAAGCGCGAUGCUGAGGUGUACAAGGCUGGCCACUGGGAAGCCGGUGGCUAUUUCAAUGGUGCGAAUCCUCCAGCUGCGUCGGGUACCUCUUCGACGCAGCUAUAA